AACCGUUGUCAUAAUAUGAUCACGUUUAUUUGAUUGUAACGAAAGACCAAAGUGCCUAUUAAUUUGUACCACAGAUUAAUUAUCCGUUCGUACUCGGUACUUGGUGAUGUAUACCCAGUAAUUUAGUAGAUAAUAAGCUUAAAUCGCUUUAUCCGUUUUUAAUUUAUAUAUUUUAUUAUUGAUUACCGGUAUUCGAGGUCAUGUUUAGAUAAAGCUAUGAGAAAAGUACCUACUCGAAUUAAUAUUAUGGAUUUAAAAAAUACAUAAUGGUGUAACAUGUUAGACAUUUUACAUAUAAGUGUUGUAGAUACAUGUGCAGUAUGCUGUAUGUGAUUCUUAGCAGCAGUCUGCUGUACAACUUGUAAAAUAUGUACUAGAGUUUAGAAGAUCGUUUCGAUAAUAUUUUCAAAAAUGGAGAAAUGGUUAAUUCAGUCUAUAUGGAUUGCCGUGUUUGGAUUUCUAAAAGAAUUUCGACCCGAAGAUCCCUACAUUAUUCAAUACUUGACAAAUCCACCAAUGAAUUUUACUAGUCAAGAAGUGAAUCAAGAAAUAUUUCCAGUAUCAACUUAUACUUGUCUUGGCCUUACAAUCGUUAUGUUUUUGGUUACUGAUUAUUUACGUUAUAAGCCAAUUGUUGUACUGAAUGCUUUAUCAAGUUUUACUGUUCAGAUAUUUUUGAUUUUUACUCGAUCAAAGACUGACAUGAAGAUAAUGGAAGUAUUUUACGGCACCAUGACAGCCUGUGAAGUUGCAUACUAUACAUACGUUUACUCAAAAGUAGAUAAAAAAUAUUACAAAACUGUUUCUAGCCAUAUGAAAAUGGCAUGUCUUCUUGGCCGACUUGUAUCGGCUUUGCUUGCUCAAACAUUGAUUGAUAACAAAAUAUUAACUGUGUCUCAUUUAAAUCAUUUAACGUUAGCUGGUGCAACUGUAUCAAUAUUUUGGGCCUUUGGAUUACCUUCAAUUAAAAGUAGCUUAUAUUUUCAUCAAAGCUCUGAACACACAUACAUAAGAAAUAAUACAGAUGUUAAUGCAUCCAAACCUAAAACUGUGUGUCAAAGACUGUGGUCCGACUUCAUUACGGCUUUCACAAACCGUUAUGUUCUUCAGUGGUCCAUCUGGUGGGCUUUAGGCACAUGCUUUUAUUAUCAGUGUAUGGCGUAUUCUCAAUCAUUAUGGCAAGAAAUAUACAAAAAUGGCACGGAUUUACAAGUGACCGAUAAUGGACUAGUUGAAGCUAUAUACACAAUAAUAAGUACACUGGGAGUUUAUUUGGUUGGUAUCAUAACAAUACCAAGUUGGUGGCUAGUUGGUAUUUUAACUUUUAGCCAAGGUUUAGUAUUGUUGAUAAUGGCUCAAGAAAAAUUAUUAUCACAUGCGUAUGUUGGUUACAUUAUGUUUGGAACAUUUUAUCAUAUUAUGGCCACUGUAGCUAAUUGUGAAGUAGCAAAAAAUAUACCAGCAGACAGUUAUGCAUUGGUAUUUGGAGUUAACACAUUCAUGUCACUCUUACUACAAACAUGUUUGACAAUAGUUGUCAAUAGUCCUGCAGGACUUAUGUUAGACAUUAGAUCACAGUUUUACGUAUACAGUGGAGGUUGUUUGAUAGUCGGGGCUUUAUUCACCGUCAGAGCACUGUGUUCAACAUAUAAAACGAUGACGAGACAUAGAAUUUUUACAACAUCAAAUUAAAUUGAUUUAUUUUUAUAAUUAUUAUAUAUAUAUUUUACUAUUAAAAUAUUAUUGUAUAACCUGUAUGAUAUUUUAUUAAAAGUUUUAAAAAUAAACAAAAUAA